AUGCCCUCCUCCAGAACACCAGCACAUCCUCUCCGCCAAACUGCGCGUCCGCAGUUCGCCUCUACCCCGCGCUUCCUCUUCUCCCAGCGAUCGGUAGAUCAAUAUAAGCGUCACGAGAAUAGCGAUUCAAUCCUCUCCGAAGAUGAUGCAAACACAUUCCACCUUGUCCCGACCCAAACAGCACCGCGGGGUUCAACGCGCCAGAAGGACGCAAUUGAAGACAUCAGCAGCGAGUUAGGCCAGGAACCGGACAUCUAUGAACAACCAGUCGACGGAGAGCAGGCCGCAGAGAUCCCAAGUAGCCCACCGGUGGAUGUGCCAGAGCUAGAUGUUGAGCUUGAUACACUGUUUGGACCUACGAGGUCUCGAGCCAAGAGACGUCGUAUUUCGGUUGAUCUCGCGACUCCGACUACUCAACCUCAGACGAAGAAACCGCGCGACUUUGUUCAGUCUUCUUCUCCCGAGCCCUCGUUCCCAGCAGCUGAGCCUCCGUCUCCAUCGCUGCCAUACCGGACCACCCCCAUCACACCCCGACAUCCUGCGACGCCCGCUACCGUGACACAGUCCUCCCGGACCUUUCCGCGUUUUCGAGUGCUUUCGUCCUCCCGCCCACUGCCGAAUACACAGACUCAACAGAGAGUAAGACCCGUGGCAGGAACACCUGGUCCGACGACCCGAAAGCCAGCCUUUGUGCUUCCGCGCUCUCCGUCUCCCGAACAGGAGGAUCCAAAUGGUAUCCCCACGCCAUUCUCUCCGUCAUCCCAUGCACUCCGUCGCAAAGGACGGCAGCGCUCAUCGGCCCCGACGUAUCUCCCCGGCGGUAUGGCAGCAGAGGUGCGGAGCUGGAUUCUGGAAAUUGGGACUAAGCGCGAGCAGCAGAAACAGGCGGCUCGCGACGCUCGUGCCGGUAACGAUUCGUCCUCGGUUGAUAUGCGGAGAUACUCGCUGGUCAUUUGUUUAACCAGCAUCCGUCAGUCUGCUCUGGGCAGCUGUGGGCCUCUUGCGUUUAUCCAGGGUCAAGAGGUGCUCUCUCUCGGACAAGAAGAAUCGGCAGAUUGUGGAGAGCCUCCGCGAAGGCCCAGGAAUGUUCUUCUCCUAGGUGCUCCUCGAUCUCGCCCCGGUGAGCUCCGCACUUCUGCCCCAGCACUGGGGAGGUGGCUUGUCGGUAUGGAAUGGGAGGUGGUAUCUUCUUCGACUUAG